UUCCUCAUUCAAAAUGACUCACUGACGUUUGGGACACUUCGGUUUAAACACAGUUUACUUAGUCAAGUAUCUCACGACCUUCAACAACUUUAUUCAAACUGUUGGUGAGCGAUUAACUUUAGAGAGAACUCUUGUAAAAAUAAUAAAAAGGUUCACACUGAGGAAAGCAGCUGUGUUCAGUUCAAGGAAGUAACAACUGAGAUGGCCCCUCUGAUGUUUAAAGAUGCUUUCUGGGGGUCGGAUUUCAAUAGUCACGCCGGGUACGACGCUGUGAUCCAAAGGUUACGAGAUGGAAGGCAUAUGUGCAAAGAUGUGGAGGAGCUUUUUAAAAUGAGAGCUCUAGCAGAGGAGAAGUACGGGAAGGAGCUAGUGACCAUUGCUCGCAAAGCUGGAGGACACUCAGAGAUCAGCACCUUGAGAGCGUCCUUCGAAAUCUUAAAAACACAAAUCGAGAACAUCGGUAACGUUCACAUCCAACUGUCUGAUUUACUGAAAGAGGAGGUGAAAAAGAUUGAGACAUUCAGAGAACGGCAGAAAGAACAGAGGAAGAAGUUUCAAAGCAUCAUGGAGAAGGUUCAGAAGAAAAAGGUUUCUUUGUACAAGAGGACGGUGGAGUCUAAGAAGAACUACGAGGUGAGAUGCAAAGAGGCAGACGAGGCAGAAGAGGGGGCCGAGAAGACAAACGUUACAUCCAAAAACUCCGAAAAGGUACGUCACAGGGCCAAGCAAUGCAGACAGGCAGCUAAUGAAGCAGAGAAGCUGCAUUUUACCAACACUGCUCAGCUGGAAAGUGUUCGCCAGGACUGGGAGGAAACGCACAAAAGUACCUGUGAGGUGUUCCAGCAGCUGGAGGGAGAUCGCAUCAGCACGCUCAGGUGUGCUCUCUGGGACCACUGCAAUCAUUUCUCCAUGCAGUGUGUCAAAGACGAUGAGUUUAACGAGGAUGUGAGGAAGCUCCUGGAGAAGUGUGACAUCACCACAGACAACAACUAUUUCAUAGGGAUGAAAAGCACGGGGUCGAGGCCUCCAGAGCCCAUAUUGUUUGAGAGCUACUACCCGGAGACGUCGGCAAACAGGAAUGGCCAGAAUCAUAUAGCAGAAGGAGAAGACGUGAUGAUGAGGUGCUCUGAUGCUCUGCUCGUAAGUUCUUCGAACGUCAGUGUCGAGAGUCUUGAAAACUCACAAUCAGCACUGACACCUUCUGGUGGCUCUUCGGUUGAGAUAUCAGAUGCAGGGUACGCGCUCCUACCAGACGUCCAGCCUGCAGCAGCGUCGGCCACAGUUUCAGCUGAUGAAGACAGUUACCUUGUACUUUAUGAAUAUGCAGCACGGAUGGAAGAUGAAUUGUCCGUCAGUAGAGGGGACAUGGUCCGAGUGUUGGAACAAGGAGAUGAUGGAUGGUGGACAGUGGAGAAGAACGGACUGUCUGGACUGGUGCCAGGAAACUAUCUGUGCAAAAACUGAACACACACACACACACACACACACAAGAAACUACAGACAAAACACACACAGACGAAUGACAACACACACAGUACAGCCUCGUGGGACUGAAGAAUGAUAAACUAUCUGGUGUUCAAAUAUUGGCUUCCAAUUACAUUUUGCUUUUGUCUGUCAUAUUUGCAACGUGAGUCUGAAGCAAAAAAGCAUCUUCUCUGACAAGCUAGCAGUUAACUUUAGCCGUUUAUAUAUAUAUAUAUAUAUAUAUAUAUAUAUAUAUAUAUAUAUAUAUAUAUAUAAACGGCUAAAGUAUAUAUGUAUAUAGUACAUAUAUAGUAUAUAUUUAUAUAUUUAUAUAUUUCUAAAUAAUAUUCCUACCAGGCUUCAAAAGUGUGUUCUGUAGAAGAUCAUCCUCAUCGUUUAUAGUGACUGCAGUUACUAUUUCUUUUUUAAAGAAAUACUAAUUCCUGCUAACUAAUACGAACAAAUGACAACAGUACUUGGCAAACAGCCAAUCAAAUAGCAGCGGGGCAGGCACUCAGGCCCACGUGGCUUCGAAUGUGCGCCAUCCGCUUUCGUUGCCGAAGGCUUCGGGCAUGCGCAUUGUUGUUUUCCCACACUCCGGGCACUUAACAUUGCGAAAUAGUGAGCCAAGCGCAUUUAAAACAAGACUAAAACUAUUUAUUCAGUCACUGACUUCAAUUUGUAGAACUAUAAUACAUAACUUCAGCUAAUGCUUUAUUAAAAGAUUUUAUUCAUGAUUAUAUUAAUGUCUAAAUUGCUCAGUAGCGUUAAAACCAAACUUUUGUUAUGCUGCUGCAGGUUGCGUUUGGUUCUAAAUGUGGCAUUUCUUUGUCUGUAUGUAAUUAUGUAUGUCCAUUAGUAAUGUUCUAUGAAACUGUUUUCACAUCUGUAAAGUGAUUCAUGUGACCGGUGGAUUAUCAAAUCAUCACCUGUGUAUGUGGUUUAACUGGCAACAUAUUCCCUUUCAUGUAAAACCAUGUGGAUGAAAUUAAACAGUCAAAUUGAAAUGUAUGAGUUUAUUUGUCCUUGGCCUUUCCGGCUUCCAGUCCAUACACAAUUGUUCAUCGUGUUUUUUCUGCGACACUAGCUAAAUAUCUAGGCGUCAACUUAACAGCUCAAAAAUAUUAAAACGGUGCACAAUCUACAAAAACGUAUGAAAUAAACGUGUCGUAAUUCUUUAAAGCAGGUUUAUGACUAACAAACUGAACAGAGGGAAUUAUCUGACUAACUAACUGAGUCUACACAUACAGAGGUGUUCAGGUAACACUGAUAAUACUCAUAUUAAUAGCACUGGAGACUAAAAGGUUCAUUCAUAUAUUGGCAAUGCCUCCGUAUUGAAGCCUGAUUCAGAGAACAUCCACACCAAAACAGAAUGUACAUUAUUCACAGCCUGGAUAUUUGUGAAUACGAAUAACUUUUUCUACCAAACAUGGCUUUGAGAGACAAAACGCAGAGCUGAGACAGAA